AUCACCUGUGUCUGUGGUCAGCAUCUCAGAUCUUGCACUGGCAGCAAACGGGGACACAGCAGUUGGACUGGGAGCAGCAGGGCUUACAGCAGCAGGACUGGGAGCAGCAGGGGACACAGCAGCAGGACUGGCAACAGGAUGACCCACAGCCUGAAGAGCAGCAGCACGGUUUGCAGCAGCUGGACUGGGAGCAGCCACAUGAGCCACAGGAACCACAGCCCCCCUUGGAGCCCCCACAGGAGCCACAGCCCCCCUUGGAGCCCCCACAGGAGACACAGCCUCCCUUGGAGCCCCCACAGGAGCCACAGCUGGAGCAGGAACAGGCUGGCACACAGCAGCACACAGGCUUGCAGCAGCAGACGGGGACACAGCAGCCGGAGCCACAGCCCCCACAGCUGGAGCCACAGCCCCCACAGCCGGAGCCGCAGCCCCCCUUGCAACCCCCACAGGAGCCACAGCCCCCGCAGCCGGAGCUACAGCCCCCACAGCCGGAGCCGCAGCCCCCACAGCCGGAGCCACAGCCCCCGGAACAGCCACAGCAGCCCAUGGUUCUGGCCCAAAUGCCCAGGUGCCAUGUGGGAGGUGCCCACACUUUCCACAGAGAUACAGAAGCUUCUGGGCGGGCUGGAUCGGCGUUCCUGGAAGCCAGUGUGCAGAGGAGACGGGCAGAGGUGGUGAUGAGAAGGGGGCCUCCUCUGCCUCUGAAGACACAGCCCCUCCCUGGUGAAGCCCCCCAGCCCCCUGGGGCCCUUCCAGCUUGUUCGUGCCCUGGUUGUGGUCAUCAGCCACACGGGCUGGCGGGCAAGGACAGUGAGGGGCGGGCAGGAGACCUGAG